AUGGGUCAAAUAAUUAAACAAAAGUUAAAUAGAUUAGAUAAAGCUAUUCUUGAUAGAGAAAUAGCCAAAGAUACAAGAAUUGAGCAAACAAUUCAAGAUCUAAAUUGGAGAUUAGAACAAAUAAAUAAAACUUACAGUUAUACUCAAGGUCUAACUGAAAAAGAAAUAGAAGAAUACUUGGAAACAGUACAAAAAGUAACAAAAAUUAAAGACGCUGACAAACCUGCAGAAACAAGAAGAAAAUACUUAUAUGAAGUAUUAUCAACAUUAAAUGAAACAAAUGAUGCAACAAUAUGGAAGCAUCGAGAAGACAUAAAAGAUCUUCAAGAAGAAUAUAAUAAAGAUAUUCAUGGAAUAUUAGAUAUAACUGCUAAAGAAUUCAAUAAUAUGGGACUCAUUGAACAACAAACAGCAGUAACUGCAUUAAUAACAGUGCAAGCACACUAUAAAGAUGAACCUACAAAACAAGCAUUGUAUGAAAAACACAAAGAAUUUCUAGAAUCCCAACUAGAAAAAGUAGAAGAAAGCAUGAUGAUAAAGAAAUUCAAGGAAGAAUUUACGAAGAUGUCAUCAAAGCAAGAAAAAAGGAAAAACCACAAAUAUGAUGUAUUCCUAAAUGAACGAAUGCCACAGAUUUCUAAAAGAAAUGAAGACAUUCCAAGAGGAAUGUUACCAAAAGCAGCAAAAUUCCUAGAAGAUAUAGGACAAGGAAUUAAAAAUAAAUUUACAUCUAAUCCUUAUGAAAGAAAACGACAAAGAUACAAAAGCCCAAGUCUUAGUUCAAAACAUACAGACCAAACUUCUAAUAAAAAAAUUAACGAAGAAAUAGAAAUACCAUAUUAUGAUAAUAUACAUAAUGAAGGACAAUCCUCAACUGUUAGACCGGUACAUGAUCUAAAAGAUCAUAAAAAUGAAAGAUUUAGACAAGAAGUUGAAAAUCAACUUAAAGAAAACAAAGGAUAUGGAAUAAAUGAUGAUGAAUAUAAUCAUAUUCUAUUAAAUAACCUAACUAUACGACAAAAGAGAAAAAUAGUACACACUAUUAUUAGUACUGAAACAGAAAAGAUAUUCAUAGGAACCCCUAUACAAUUAGCAGCUAAAGGCUUAGCUAUACAACAAGGUCGUCCCAAUGGAGACUAUAUUCUAGCAAUGAAUAUUAGUGAUAAAAAUAUUCAAAUAAAGCAAGGAGAAACUGAAAAAGAAAGAAUAAAAAUAUUACAAAAAAGAUGUGGAAAAGAAAAAGAACAUGAAAUUCCAAAUAAUGAUAAAAACCAAGGAAUAAGAAAAUAUACAGUAGAAGAAGAAAAUAUUAUUAAAGAAUUAUGCGAUGAUUUAGAAAAAAAUGAUGUUAUAUAUCCUGGAUAUAGCAAAUGGGCUAGUAAUAUACAAAUAAUAACCAAAAAAGAUGGAAGAAAAGCUAUAGUAAUAGACUAUAGAAAAUUAAACAAACAUCUAAUAAAAUUCAAACAACUAUUACCAAAUACAAUGCAAUUUCUACAAGAUAUUAGUAGAUAUAAGUACUAUACUACUAUGGAUUUAAAAUCAGCAUAUUGGCAACUAAACAUGCAUCCAAAUUCACAAAAAUAUACAGCAAGUAGAUUUGGAAGAUUUGGAAUAUACUUUUGA